CACCGCCAUGGCCGAGGCAGGCAUUGCUGCUGGAGGUGUAAGGGACAUGAACACUGCUUUACAAGAGGUGCUCAAGACCGCCCUCAUCCAUGACGGCCUUGCGCGUGGCAUCCAUGAAACCGCCAAAGCCUUAGACAAGCGCCAAGCCCACCUCUGUGUGCUGGCAUCCAACUGUGACGAGCCCAUGCAUGUCAAGUUAGUGGAGGACCUGUGUGCCCAACACCAGAUCAACCUCAUUAAGGUUGAUGACAACAAGAAACUUGGGGAAUGGGUAGGCCUCUGUAAAACUGACCGAGAGGGGAAACCCUGGAGAGUGGUUGGCUGCAGUUGCGUAGUCGUUUAGGACUAUGGCAAAGAAUCUCAAGCCAAAGAUGUCAUUGCAGAAUACUUGAAAUGCAAGCCAUGAACA